GAGGGUAUAUAAGACACAUCCAGCAUGGCGGUGUGUCAGUUGAGUGCUGUCGCCGCCGCUACCAUGGUGGCUCUGGUCCUUGCUGCCGCCAUCGCCACCCUCACCUCUGUCAUCACCGCCCACGAGCCUGUCACGCCAGGCAAGAUCUGCAAGAGAAAAUGUGUGGUGGGAGACACGAGAACCUGUUAUUUCCACUUCAAUGUCCAUCCCUACCAGACUGUGUCCAGGGCUUGCUACGGGUGCCCUAAGAACGCGACGGACUGCGGAAGGCCGGAGUGUAUCCCUGGGGACGGUGUCAAGCGCCGGAUUGUUGUUAUCAACAAGCAGAUGCCCGGUCCCCCCAUCCAGGUAUGCCUCGGCGACCUUAUAAUGGUGGAGGUCAAGAAUUCCUUAUACGAAGAAGGGAUAACUAUGCACUGGCACGGUCAGACCAUGAGGUCCAUUGGCAGUGGAGACCGUGGCACCCCCUACAUGGAUGGCGUCCCUGGCCUCACACAGUGUCCUGUUGGUCCCGGUGAAACUUUCACAUAUUCCUUCUAUGCCACUGAACCCGGCACGCACUUUUAUCAUUCACAUCAAGGGUUCGAGAGAGGCGACGGCGUGUUCGGGGCUCUCAUUGUUCGACAACCGCCAUCCAUGGAUCCCAACCGAGGCACCUAUGACUUUGAUCUUUCUCAGCAUGUGAUGAUGGUGACAGACUGGCUACACAUUCCCACCCAGGACAAGUUUGUCCUGCGACACUAUGGUGGUGGUAGUGAGUCCCCAGAGUCCUUGUUGGUCAAUGGUCGGGGUCCGUAUCAGCAUGCCAAUGACUCGUCACUCGCGGCUCUAGUGCCAUACAAGAGGUUCAAAGUCUCGCCAGGUAAGAGAUACCGUAUGCGGGUGAUCAACACUGCCAUACUCAGCUGUCCCAUCGUUGUGUCCAUUGACCAACACGACCUGACGGUGAUAGCCUCAGACGGCCGGCCUAUCGUGCCUCGCACUGCUCAAUCUCUUGUCACGUAUUCAGGAGAGCGGUGGGAUGUUGUGGUCCAAGCUGGCAGCUCCUCAUCUGGGGCAUUCUGGAUGAGCUUCAUGGGUGGCGUCGACUGUGCUGAGUCCCAAGCUCACCAGUUUGCUCUCCUCCAGUACGUGACUCGCAGCUCUACAGUGUAUGACGACACCACCUUGUUGAGUACUAUGGCUCCCAAGCCCCAGUUCUCUGACGUCCCGCCACCAGGAGUACAAGUGAACAGCAUCAACAGUGCCUGUUAUGAUGACCUUAUAUGUGUUAGUGACCUGAGGUCACCAUACUCACUACCAGCCGCCCUCAGGACCCCCAAGCCUGACUUCACUAUCUAUCUCGCUUUCCAAGUCCGAGGCGUAAAUAAUGACAACUUCUACUCUCGAAUUUAUUAUAAUUAUGAUCUAGUUGAUGAAAGCCAGCGAGUGACCACACCCCAGAUCAACAACCUGUCUUAUGUAGCUCUGUCCACUCCUCUGAUCCUGGGCGGUGAGGCGCAGGAACAGAUCUGCAAUGUUGAUGUGCCGCCCCCUGGCAAGAACUGUGCUCAAGACUACUGCGGGUGUCUCCAUAUGUAUGAGAUCCCCCUCGGCUCCCUCGUCGAGCUGGUCUUAAUUGAUGAAGGACAAAAUGGUGAUGACAGCCACCCAGUGCACCUGCAUGGGGAGUACUUCUAUGUGCUGGGCCAAGACCGCCCCAACGAUGUUCCUGAAGCUGAGAUCACACGGAGUCAGGUGAUCGAGAUGGAUUUGAGAGGUCAGUUGAAAAGGAACUUUGACCAUCCGGUGUUGAAGGAUACCGUCGCUGUGCCUGAUGGAGGCUACACCAUUGUCAGGUUCAUUGCUUCUAAUCCAGGGUACUGGCUGUUGCACUGCCACAUCCUCUUCCACUCCGUGGCCGGCAUGGAGGUGGUCUUCAAGUUUGGUAGUGAUCACGACUUCCCUCCCGUCCCACCCGGCUUCCCUUCCUGUGGAGACUAUCCCAAACUUUUGUGAGCUACUCUCCACUCUAAAAGAUAAAGCGAUGUUGUCAUAUUGAUAUCCCCUGUUAUUUGGCUACUGUAAGGAGGCUUUAUUGUGAGUAAUUAUGAAAGUUUUUUACAUUAGAUAAACCAAUUGCAAAAACAUGUUAAUAUAAAUUGUGAGUGAAUUUGCACUUUAAUUACUUUAGCAUUAAUAUGGAGACAUCUACUGUGAACAUGAACAAAUCCACAAAGGCCGUGAUGAGGGUUCGAACUUAGGUCCAGGAUGAUCCCAGUCGUGCCUUAGUCGAUUGCACCACGACAUGGUCAAAAGAAUUGCAACCGGGAUGGCUAGUGCCCUCACACAGUUCCCGCAGCCUCUCCGAGACAGAAACCGUUUUUUUUAGAGGCUGCAGAAUCCAUGUGGGGGCAGUAGCACUCCCGGUUGCAAUUCUUUUGACCAUGUUGUGACGCAAUCAACUAAAACGCAUCUGGGAUGAUCCUGGACGUAAGUUCGAACCCUCAUCAUGGCCUUUGUGGAUUUAUUCAUUUGAUGUAUCAGGCUGUUGUGAUUUCUAUGUGUACUUUGAACAUAUUAUUGAACUCAAAUUGUGAAUUUUACCAAAUGUCAGUUUGGCUAUUUUGGUAUCGAAUACAAUUACAAUAUUGAAACUAUGCGACCAGUUAUGGCAAAAUAUGGUUCAAUGAGAAUGUGGAAGAGAACGUGUAGGUUAACUUACAUAAUGUGUGUGGAGGCCUGAGAUGAUCCUGACAACCGGUACAUAUGUAUUGGGUGUUAUAUAUGUGUUAUCUAAGAUCUCUGCGUGCAUUAUUAUGAACUGAUGAGACGGUGUGUGAACCAGUGGUACCAUGAGUGAACCACUGGUGGCAGGGUGACUGAGUGAACCACUGGUGGCAGAGUGACUGUGAGACCCACUGGUGGCAGCAGGAGAGAAUCAUCAGAUACAUCAACUUGAAUGUAUGAAAACACAACUUAAAAUAACUUAAAAUAACUUGAAAUAUAAGUGAAGCAUAAGAGUGAUGUAGGAGGUGUUCAGGGUGACCCAAGGGGGAGAGUGGCCGGUAUUAACCAAUUGUUGUCAUGGAGAGACAGACGGUUUGUUGACACGCUCUUGAACUCUAGUGUGCAUCACAUCCCCCUGUCCCUCAACCACUACCAACUGUCACAUCUCUGUCCCUCAAUCACCACCAACUGUCACAUCCCUGUCUCUCAACCACCACCACCAACAGUCACAUCCCUGUCUGUCAACCACCACCAACAAUCAUAUCCCUGUCCCUCAACCACCACCAACAACAAUCACCUCCCUGUCACCUAAGCCUGGGGGUGUGAGCCUGUCUCGUUACCACACAUUACGUACUCGCCAGAGGCAUGGCCAAUAUAUUUAAAAUUAUUGUGCAUUUAGUCUAUAAGUUUGAAAUCUAAGACUAUAUAAUUGAUUUUCCUUAUUUACCAAAUACUUGUCACCUCUGUCAUUAAUAACAAUAAGUUUUUCAAAUUAAUGUAUUAAAUCAAAGGUGAAAGUAAAUGAACAAAUAAACAAGGGCUGUGAUGAGGGUUCGAACCUACGUCCAGGAUGAGGCCAGACUCGCCUUAGUCGGUUGUGCCACAUGGUCAACGGCCCUUGUACUCACCUAGUUGUGCUUGCGGGGGGUUGAGCUUUGGCUCUUUGGUCCCGCCUCUCAACUGUCAAUCAACUGGUGUACAGGUUCCUGAGCCAACUGGGCUCUAUCAUAUCUACAUUUGAAACUGUGUAUGGAGUCAGCCUUCUCCACAUCACUUCCUAAUACAUUCCAUUUGUGCAUUAUGUGGAUGUGUUCACUUGAUGUAUCGCACUGUUGUGACCUCUGUGUACUGAAGUACUGUGUACUGUGUACUGAAGCUAAAUCUUUGUAUUAAAGACUUUAUGA